AUGGAUGGCAGGCGCAGUAUCGAUGCCAACAUGACUGGACAAUUCAAGCCUAAAGGGAGAAAGGGAUCGAGUUCCAAAGGCCGGAAGCUUGUCCGAUGGGAUGCUGAUCUCGAUGUUCAGCUCUUGUUGACUGUGCAGGCUGCGUGCAACAAGGCUGGAGUCAAGAUUCCUUGGGAGAGGGUCGCUACCAUGAUGGGCGAAAAGUUCACCGAGGGGGCCAUCGUACAGCACCUGACCAAGCUACGCCUCCGUCGCAUUACCGAGAAGAAGGCUGUUCCACCUCCCCUGCGUCGGUCUACAAACAAUAAAACCAACAAAAAGCGCAAGGCCGCAGAUGAUGACGAUUCGGAUUUGUUCGUUUCUCAGAGUGAUACUGAUGAUGCGGAAUAUGGCACUCUGAGGGCUCCCAAGAGGGCGAAGCAGACCAGAUUUUCCCAUGAUAAAAAUGGGAUCAAUACUGCUCGCAAAAUUGGGAAGGGUGAAGGCUUUGCUGACAGUGACGUCCAGUGCGCUGGUGCCGAUUUCCUCAGUUUUGGACAUGAGCAAGAUGCUUACUCCCGUAGGUCCGCUUCCGAUGGUUCUGACUCUGAUUCAUUCGUUUCUCUUCGGAAGGCUCGCUAUAGCGGCAAGAAAGAUUACAUCCAGAAGAGGACGUGCAUCGUUCGAUUUCAGGUCAAGAAGUCCUUUCUUCUUGGACUCAAACUUCAGGAUGCCAAAAUGGAAGAGGCCGUGCAGGAAGAUGCCCAGUCUAUCAUUUCCUAUGCCCUUGGUGAUUCUGCGAAUCCGAAAUAUCCUCCUCCUCCACCUGCCUGGCAGCGGCCAGCUCAAAUGGGCAUGUCACACCCGGCUCAGCACCCCGGCCAGCCAGGCACACGCAUUCUCUCUUACCCUACCGUCAAGUCCGAAACCCGUCUCAGCCCCGAGGGCAUGACUCGCCUCGAGAUUUACACCCAGAAUUGGGCGCAGCCGCCCUCCCCUCAUCUAGGAGGCUCUGAAAACAUGUCUCCUAAUGAGGCAUACAUACAAGGCUGGCAGCAGCAGCAGCAGCUCUCUCCUCGUCACACUGGAUCUGAAGGUACGGCUCAUCGUGAUACGCUUGUGCGGAGUCGGCAGCAGACUCUCCGCAAUCUUCUUCUCGAUAAAAGCCCGUUCGUGGAUGUGAAUACUCAGAUGCCGAGCACCCCGCUUCAUAGCAGCCCGGUCCCGAGCAGAUCGAUCCAGAACAGAGGGCACCGGAAUAGCCCGUUCGACUUCGAGGCGCCGAGAUCAGAAUUCCAGACACGUCGGCCGCGGGAAUCCCAGUCUCGGGCAUCUCAGCUAGAGGAAACUCGCCGGCAGUAUAUUGACCCCAAGAUAUUCAUGGGCUCGAUGGGACUUCACAGCCCGAGCCAAUACGUUGAGCGGUCCUCGGACAUGGAAAUGUCCGAUGACUUCAUGGACGAGUUUCUGGAAGACCCUGAGGGGUUAUUAGAAAUGAAAGGCACGCUUUCGGAGGACAUCUAUCAAUACCUCAAUGAAGACGGCGGUGAGCAGUGA